AUGAAGUGGGACGAGAUCACCGACUCCUACUACACGGAUGAUGAUGAUGAUUAUUUCGUCGACUUGGCCGACCUGCGCUUGGCCAACUCUGAUGAAGAGGACGAAGCUAUGACAGACGAUGAAGUGGGGGAGACAAAUUGCCCAGGGAAGAAAUACCCGAGGGAGAAACAUGCACAAGUAGCUAGGAUAUGGUUUGCGGCUCUCCGGAAAGAGAUGGGAGAAUACACAGAACUGGUGCAGAAGCUUGUAGCCGAAGGAUGUGAUAAUAAUAUCAAACCUAUCCUUCCUCCUUAUCCUUUGAAAGUAUUCCCUGAGGUAACAGGUCUGUGCGUUGCUCGGUCCGACUGCCACCACCGACAAUACAGAACCCAUGACACUUCCACCACCAAAUCAAUGCUUGGAUAUAGUGAACCAGAUCUGAUGCUACAGGUCUUCUCAGUGCACUUAUCAAGCUCUGAAUCAUAUCCUGUUAGUGUCUAUGGAAUAAUUGCUGUUCGGGAUGACUUCAAGCCGCUUCGAAAUUAUGUAUUUAACCGUCCCUGCCGAGACGAUGCUGUCACCCUUGAUCAGGAUUCCUUUGCAUUACCUCUUUGUAGCCCUUGUCGAGGAAUGUAUAUACUGGAUGCUGCAUUAGUAGAAGUUGAUCUCUGGGUAAAGAAGGAAGGGGAUGGAUCUGAAGACAAACAAUUACUUUCUGCGUAUGCUGAGAUUUCGUGUGACCCCCCUUAUAAUCAUAAGAUUAUUGGACAGAUUCGUAGUGGCCUAUUCAGCUUGAACAUAGGCUUCAUGUUAUUUACAGAGAGUGUCGAGGCUGUAAUACAAGUCUUUGCAAAGGUUGAUGAUAGUCAUCAUCUGAGGUUUGCUGCUUUCAGCAGUGGCUCUGACCAUGAAAUUGUACUGUUUGAUGACAACUUCUCUGGGAAUAAGAAACUGUUUGAGCAUGUAGUUGCGGUGAAGACACAAGAGAAAUUGGAUGUUUGCUUAAAAUUGGAGGAGUCGUUGUUUUGGUGGACUUUCCAGGAUGGACAUGUUGAAGCAAUUCGGAAGCCUGAUGACUCUAUAUUAAUGUAUGGCCAGUUUAAUGUGAGAGUGUUGCUUGCUCCAAAGAACUCGUACCCUGAUUGGCUGAGAUAAGCAUGAUACAUGAAGUCAUCCCUUCUCUUAAUAUCUGUGUUUCAUCUCUUUAUUAAGUAGCACCUGAAUAUCUAUUUCACAUUGGUGUGACAAAACAGCAUAAGUUUGAGGUCAGACUUGUGUGUGGGCUUAGAUAUAUUGAACUGCAGC